AUGAUAAUACCCAACUCUAUAAAUUGCCCACUCACCCAAACUCAUCUCAUAUUCCACUUCCUCGUGGGCCAUGAACAGAGUCAUCUGACCGUCCACACUGGGAUUGUACGCAAUUUGUCUCCUCCUUUAUAUGUCCUUAUCAACAAUGGCAUGAUGAAAGAUUCCAUCGAACGAAGUGCCAUAUUAGACGAUGUAGAGGAAGGCACAUUUAUCGGAUUCUGCGAAUUCGCCUACCGAGGAGCAUAUACAACACCUGACCGCAGAGGGGAAGAUAAUGAUGGCGAAUCUGGCAGCUUCGAUGGCGCAAAAAAGGAACAUCAGGGUCGAGUACACAGUGAACUGGCCUCGGACAAUCCCGAUGCUGAGUCCAGCCAACGUUAUGCAGAACAAUAUGCGUCUGUUGCUUAUGGUAUUCCACUGUCCAAGGUAAAGACCCAUGAGACUUAUGUUCAAUAUCCAUAUGGUGGACUGUGGAAGCAAUUCAGACAGCUGCACUUUGUUGGUGAUGAGGCUUCCAUUUCUUUAACCCCUGACCUGGUUUUCCAUGGCAAGCUUUACACACAAUGCUUGAAAUCGCUACACUGCGAUCUUUGCAAAUUUUCGCUGAACAAGCAGAACGUUCCUCAUAUCCUUGAUUUGCUUGAGUACACCUACCAAGAGUCUGGGAGAGGAGAUCCCGAUAUUGGGUGCUCCCUUAGAGAUUUGGUUAUCCAUUAUGCUGCUUUCGAAGCACGAACGCUGGCCGAGAAUCGUCGUUUUGGGAAUAUUCUGGAUAGAUUCUCUGAAAUGGGUUCUGACCUGGUUAGGAAGAUUGUCAAUUUAGGAUGCACGCUCUAUUAGAUGGAAUAGAAU